AAAUUCCCUCAACUACUUAAAACUUAAUAUAAAUAGCAACUCCGAUCUCAUUCAAUUCGCCGCAGUUAAAAUGACAAAAUUUGAUAUAGUGAUAGCCGUUAUAUAUGUAGCUCCUCACAUUGACAAGAACGAAUUCGAGACCAGCAUGCAUGCCAUUUUCCUACAACUCAAUAGAUAUACACGAAUAAUUAUAGGUGGUGAUGUAAACUGUCAUCACCCAGCUUGGGGUGACGAUACGACUGACCCAAAAGGUUCGAUCCUCGUAACUGCUAUAAACUGCUCAAACCUCAUACUAAUCAACACGGGUGAAAAAACGUAUGUUCCCUUAGAGUUAGGAAGAAGGUCGACUGCCAUAGACAUUUCCUUAUGCUCUUCCAACUUGUUCCAAGUAGUCAAUUGGAAAGUUCUACCUCAAUCCAUCGGCUGUAGUCAACAUUUGUUGAUAGAGAUGGACAUAACAAGUGAAAAGACAAAUGACACUCGAACUUACACGAACUAUCAACAAAUUUUUAAAGACAUUUCAGCCUUAACUGGUGAGGAAAUUUCAGGGUUAGACGUUCUGAAAUCCAAAAUCCAAAGAAGCGUUAGGAAUAACAGGAAAAAAAGUAAACACAUCCCAAAAAUUUGGUGGGAUCAGCAAGUAGAGGAGGCAUGGCAAAACAAAGCAACAUCUCUUAAAAAGUUUAAUUCUCAAAGCACCAUAGAAAAUGCCAUUGAGGUCAGAAAAAACAGAGCAAUCUUUAUUCGUACCAAAAAAGAAUCAAUGAAAAGGAGUAUUAAAGAGUUCGCUGCCAGUAUAGAUCCUCAAAUAAGUUCUAAGGCACUUUGGGAUAAAAUAAAUAGGAUAGCAGGAAACAACAAAAAGCAAAAGACCAACAACCCUAUACAGGAAGAUGUUGACAUGGCAGAAAAGUUCAUGGACUUACAUUUCGGCAACAACGAUAUUGAUUUUGAUAUCCCAUUGUCGUAUGGAAGAACGUGUGAAUAUAAUAUCCUUAAUGCAGAGCUGUGGAAUAGUAUUCUAUGCCGAAAGAAAAACAGGUCAGCCCCAUCUAAUGACCAAAUAACAUAUGGCAACCUGUCGUAUCAACUGAAAGAAAUAAAGGUUAUCGCUAUACCGAAACAUGGAAAGGAUCAGUCAAGUAUCGAAGGUAAACGACCAAUUUCACUGGUUCCAACACUAACAAAAAUUUUAAACAGUGCGGUUCUGGAAAAGAUCCAAACCCACAUAAACAUCAACAACAUCCUUCCUGAAAAAUCUUUCGGAUUCAGGAAAAACGUUUCAACGACAACAUGCAUUAAUUUCCUCACAAAUAUCGUCAAGGAUAGCAAAAGGAAAAAACUCAUUACAUCUAUUAUUUUCAUUGAUUUAAUGAAUGCAUUCAAUGCUGUCAAAACAGAACUUUUGGAAGAUAUUAUGACAAACCAACGAUUUCCUCCAGAAAUUGUAGUGUGGGUUGGAUACUUCCUGAGAAACAGGAAGCUAUCCAUGCAAGUCGGGCAAAGCUGUGUGACACGAACAAUCAGUAAUGGAUUACCUCAGGGAGACGUACUUUCACCCACAUUAUUUAAUUUAUACACUUCUGACUUACACCUUACUCAGAAUGAAGACGCAGAUAUUCUGCAAUUUGCUGAUGACUUUGCCCUGGUUGUUAGAGGAAAAUCUCUUGAAACAGUAGAACAGAGGACUCAAGAAUUACUGAACAAUUUUGUUUCCAGAGCUAGAAGGUUGAACUUUCAAAUUAACCCUGCAAAGACUAAAGCGUUACUUCUCCUCAGGGGAAAACGCAAACUCAAUAUCCGAAUACAUAACGUACCUGUGGAAACGGUCGCGAGCCACAAAUAUCUGGGUAUCCAUAUAGACCGAUCCUUCGGAUUUGGGAUUCACGCUAAACAAACUGCAAAACAAAUUCAGGAACGGCUGAGAAUGAUGAAAGUUAUUUGUGGAACACGUGAAGGAAGCCAUCCUCAAACUAUGUCAUUAGUUUUCAACGCACUAUUACGUAGUAAAGCUGAGUAUGGAUCCUCAAUAAUCGGGAACACAUGCAAAACUAAUAAAGAAAAAAUACAGGUCAUCCUAAACGAUGCUAUGCGUAAAGCCACGGGUUGCAGCAGAACUACCCCUCGAAAUACGCUUCUAGCUAUAGCUGGUCAAGAACCUUGGGAAGUAAGAAAUAAAUUUGUUACAUGUAAGGAAACUGCUAGAACUGUAUACUAUAGAACUCCAGUUUACAACCAACUACAAAAAGUGUCAGACUUUAGAGGAGAUACGAAGAAGCUAAGUUUUAUGGAAAAAAUAUUCGUGGAAUAUCAAGAAACGUUUAUGCGCAUAAGUCCUAUGGUACAAUCCAAGAAAAUCGAAGUGAACAUCUCUACAAAUAUUGGCAUUAACUGUUCCAAGAACAAUGUCAAUCCAAGAGUGUUGAAACAAAAAGUGCUGGGUAUCCUUAACAGUCGAUACAACCACUGCCAUCGAAUCUACACGGAUGCAUCGAAAUUAGGUGAUAGAUGCGGUAUUGGAGUCUACAUAGAAUCUAGAAAAAGAAAAAUUAUAUUGGCGCUCGACCGAGAAACAAGUAUUAUGACAGCUGAACUUCUAGCAAUUAACACCGCAACAGAAGAAAUUAGAAAGGAAAGGUUCGAAAACUCAGUAAUUUUGACGGACUCGCUGUCAUCUUGCACAUUACUUGGAAACUAUCUUGACCAAAUUAAUCGAUGUAAAAUCGUUGACGCAAUUCUAAAGUCCUGUGAAGAAUUGAACAUACAAAUUCAGUGGAUCCCUAGUCAUAUCGAUCUUUCAGGGAACGAUAUUGCAGAUGAGUUGGCCAAAGAAGGAACCGGAACUAACGAUAUCGAAUCGAUACGAAACCCAAUUUUGCUCAAGGACGCUUACCUCUAUUUUGAAAAACAUAAACAAAAUCAAGCAAACAAUUGGUAUACAAUGUACUCACAAGAACUCUCGAAAGGUCUUAAAUUUUUCAAUAUUCAACCACAAUUCUCUGCAAAACCAUGGUAUCACAAAAUGGAUCUAACAAACACCGAAACCAGAACCCUCAAUCGCCUUAUGGCUGGGCACGACUACAGCAAAUACUGGCUAAAUAAGAUGCGGAUAGUAGAUAACCCUAAUUGCGAAAAUUGCAACCAACCAGAAACGGCAGAACACCUUAUCUUAAAUUGUCACAUGUACAAAGAUCUCCGAACGAAAUUCAGCUUCGAUGGUAAAUUUACCAAUAUUGCUGAACUAUUGAAGACAAAAGAUACAUUACUUCUAAAAGAAGUAGUAGAAUUUUUAAAAAAUGCUAAAAUGAACAUCUAAACUGUAACUUAGAUUACCAAAAAGAAACUCUAGUAAAAUAAUCCUUACGAUCACGUAACAAAAAAUAAACACAUACAAGAAUACCGCUGGAUAUAUGGUCACAGUCACCGAUCCAAAUGUGGUCGCACCCGCUACCACAACCAAACAAGAAGAAGAAGAAGAAGAUUUUUUUGUCGCCAGAGCGAAUUUUGUAUCUUCGGGCCCGAGGAA